CAGCCGUUGUGGCUCAAGCAUUUUUCCUCGUCUCUUUGCGCUCCACAGCAGCCCUACCCUGGCACAGGUUCCUUUGGCAGCAUGGACGGUGUCGCCUUCGCCUCCCCGGCCUUCGUCGCCGCAGCGCAGCCUCCGGCGCUGCCCCAGGCGGCCCUGCGUGGCGCCGUCCUGCUGGAGACCCCCAGUGCCUCUGCGCCUUCCGCUGCGGGCUCCUCCGCGGCUUCGACGCUCUCUGGCCUGGCGGCGGUGGCAGUCGGCACCGCCGCCAUGGCGCGCGCCGGCGCCCGCAGGGCGAAGAAGGGCAAGCGCGUGGUGUCCAUGAAGGUCGGCACGUCCUCGGACCCCUGGUCGCACUGCGCCGAGUACAAGGAUGAGCUCCUGGCGACCGUGAAGGCCAUGACCGCGCCUGGCAAGGGCAUCCUCGCGAUGGACGAGUCGAACGGGACCUGCGGCCUGCGCUUGGAGUCCAUCGGCGUGGAGAACACCGAGCUGAACCGCCAGCGCUGGCGCCAGACGCUGCUCGGCACCAAGGGCCUCGGCGACUUCUGCGGCGGUGCCAUCUUGUUCACGGAGACCCUCUACCAGGACACCACGGACGGCAAGAAGAUGGUGGACCUCGCCAAGGAGAACGGCGUGAUCCCUGGCAUCAAGGUGGACACCGGCCUGGUGCCCCUCACAGGAGGGAAGGAGGGCGAGAACUGGUGCCGUGGCCUGGACGACCUCAAGGAGCGCACCGUCGAUUACUACAAGGCGGGCGCGCGCUUCGCGAAGUGGCGCACCACAGUGCGCGUGCGCGACCACUCCUCGAUCGCGGUGGCGGAGGCCGCCCAUGGUCUCGCGCGCUACGCCAGCAUCUGCCAGUCCUCUGGCCUGGUGCCUAUCAUCGAGCCCGAGAUCCUGCUCGACGGCGAGCACGACAUCGACGAGUGCCUGGAAACGUUCGAGGAGACCUGGGCGGCGGUCUUCAAGGCCUGCGCCGACUUCGGCGUGUGUCUGGAGGCGGUCUACCUGAAGCCGUCCAUGGUGACUCAUGGCGCGCAGUCUGGCAAGACGGCGGACCCGAAGACCGUGGCAGAGUACACCCUCGGCGCGCUGAAGCGUGUGGUGCCGCCGGCUGUGCCGGGCAUCUUCUUCCUCUCGGGCGGCCAGUCCGAGAUCCAGGCGACGGAGAACCUCAAUGCGAUGAACCAGAGCUCGAACCCGUGGCACGUCUCCUUCUCGUACGCCCGCGCGCUCCAGAACACCACGCUGAAGACCUGGGCCGGCAAGGACGAGAACAUUGUGGCCGCGCAGUCCAAGCUGUUCCAGCGCGCGGGGGCCAACUCCAAGGCCCAGAAGGGCGAGUAUGACGCCGCCACGGCCGACGAGGACGCCACCGCUGCUGAGGGCAUGUACGUCAAGGGCUACACCUACUGAGUGCGGUAGCCCUGGCCGUCGGCCAGGCCCAGGGCGCCGGCGAGGGCCCCAAUGGAGGCCCUCCUCUGCCGGCCGUCUGGCCGUUUCACUUUCUCGCGUGGUCGCCGCGUUUGAUCUGUGAGGAGGCCACAGACGCGACACAUUUCGACGUAGGCUCGCAGGUCUGCCUCAUGCACGAGAGGGGAAGCUGACAAACUUCUCGAGUGCGUAUGGUGGAUAGCGCAGAGGCAAAAACUAUGUGGAGGCCUGGAGGCCUGGUCCGUCUUUGCAGAUUUGUCGGUUCCGGGGAUCCUGCUCGGUUGUCUUGGGGAUCAGGGCCUUGCUCGCCCUUUGUCGCAUGCGCGUCGGAGGCUGUAUGUCCA